AUGCCAGAUAAAACAUCGUUAGCAGUCACAAUUUUAAGUGGAGUGUAUGUGGGUAUCGGGUUUGCGGCGAUAGUCUUUUCAGUAGUUCUGACGAAGAACAUCAACACGUUUAAUCGGAGUGAAGAGUCGAAAGACGCUGAUAUGAUGUUGUAUUUUAUAAAAGCGUCGUGUGUGUAUUUAAUGGUAGCUGGUGCGGUGUGUAUGAUGAGUGGCUCAUUAGGGAUGGUGGGGUCUUUACUUGAACGCCAAUGGUCUAUGAUGCUCUACUUCAUGACUCUUUUGGUCUCUUUAAUCAUUUGGUUCAUGUUAGAAGGCAUUUUUGGGAUGGUCUCUUUUGGGCUUACGGCAUCUUCGGACGCUAUGAUGAGUGCUACAAUCCAAUCGUGGGAAAUCCGUUUCCAUUGUUGCGGAUGGAAGACACUCCCUUCGGACGCUUCGAAAUGCGCAUACCCACAAGCGUUUGCAACGGGACAUACAUGCAUCAAAGAAUUCAGCUCGAUCAUUUCAAUCUGCCUUGGUGGGUUCAUCGGCGUUGCGUUGCUCGCUAUAUACGCAAUUGGACAGAUGAUUCUCGCUUGCUUCUAUUACAGAAAGCUCAAGACAAACUUCUCAUACAGUUACAAGGAAAACCAGAACUUAGAACACGAAGAUUAA